GGAGGAGGGCGAGGAGGAGGAGGAGGAGGAGGCAGGGAGCGAGCGAGUGCUCAGGGUGAAUCAAUGGAAACCCCCUCACGAAGCCGGGAAAACACUUCAGCCGCAGCCAAAUAGCAUUGAUUAUUUUCCUUCACUUCCCUCACCGCCGUGAAUUUUUUAUUUAUAUAUUUUUUUCCAUCUCCGUCCCCGACGCCCGGGAGUGAGCGCUGGAGGGAGGAGGAGGAGGAGGAGGAGGGGAAAAGAGAGAGAGCGAGCGAGAGCGAGAGAGAGAGAGAGAGAGAGAGAGAGGGAAAUCAACACAUCGGAGAAGUCCCUUCCAAGAGCCGCCCCCUCCCCUCCCCGCCUCGCGCUGCUCGGCGGCCGCGGUUCGACUCCCGUCCCUGCUUCCAGCUGAGGUGGUACUGGCUGGCACGCUGAAAUGACCCCCCAGACUCCCUCCGUCUGUCAUGGCCACCCUUAACGCAACACCAGCUCCUGCUGGCACCGCCCCCUCCCCUGGGCACAAUGCCACACCUUCGGGCACCGCCACCUCCGGGGCCCCCUCUGACACUGUCACCAAAGAGCCCCCAGGGGGUCCCCCCUCCACCUCAGAGAGCAUGAGGCCCUCAGAGCUCGGAGGGCCACCCUUGGAGUCGGGCUGCGGCCUCGUCCCACCAAAGGAGACUGGGGAGCCCCAGGAAGAGCCCAGCAGUGGCGGCUCCCCACCAAAGGACCAGGGGGCGGCUGAAGAUGGGCCACAGGAGGGAGGAGGGGGGCUCCCUCCUGUGGACCUGAGUAACCAUCUCUUCUUCACGGCUGACGGGGAGGCCUGCCUCGUGGCCCAGCCCGCCCUGCCAGGCCACAGUGAACUUCCAUUACCAAAGGGCUUCCCUUGGGGGGUGUUGGGCAAUGAGGAGGAGCCCCAGCCGCCCAACCUCGCUCCCCUGCCCCCCGCCCCCCUCACUGCCCUUCACAUCCAACACGGCUUUGACCCAACCCAAGGCUUUAGCUCUUCUGACCAAAUCCUGUCCCGCGAUACCUCAGCGCCAUCUCCGGCCGCCUGCGAGGGGAGGGAUGGAGCCUUCUGGAGCUACCAGCUGGCUGCAGACCCACCCAGAGAUCCCAAAGAUGGCCCCACAGGGGGUGGUGGCAGCGAUGGGGGGGACCACAGGGCGCCCUUCUGGCUCUGCCUCCUGUGCCGCCUGGGCUUCAGCAAGCCCCAGGCCUUCGUGGGCCACUCCCAGUCUCACGGGGUACAGCCGAGCCCAGCCCAGUGCCAGGCCCUGCUGGCCCGCCCAGCCUUGCUCCACCAGGGUGGCGAGGGCUGUGUGACCCUCCUCAGCUUCCUGGAACCAAAACCACCUGCCCAGCUCCCUUUGUGUGCCCUCCUUAACAGCGGCAGUGCAGCCCAGCCCGGGGAGGGUGCCCCUAGGGAGGCAGAAGCCCAGGGCACCGUGCCCUCAGAAGUCAUGGCCCUCCGCCCCCCCUCCCACCCCCCCACCGCAGCCACCUGGAACCCUAGCCCAACCCAAGCCAAAGAGCCCCCGCAGGCGGCAGGUGAGGUGGGGCCAGAGUGGCUCCCCGAGGGCCAAGACGAGGAGGGAGGGCUCUGCCCCCCACUCAACCAAAGUUCACCUGCCCCCAAGGAGGCGGGCACCCUCCCUGCGCCGCCCGAGGAGCCCGGGGACCCGCCCCAGCCCUACCGCCUCGCUGACGACUUAGCCCCGGCCCCCGCCGCCUUCCAGGGCCUCAGCCUGUCCAGCCACAUGUCUCUGCUGCACUCGCGCAAUUCCUGCAAGACGCUCAAGUGUCCCAAGUGCAACUGGCACUACAAGUACCAGCAGACCCUGGACGUGCACAUGCGAGAGAAGCACCCCGAGAGCAACAGCCACUGCAGCUACUGCAGCGCGGGGGGCGCGCACCCGCGGCUGGCCCGAGGCGAGAGCUACAACUGCGGCUACAAGCCGUACCGUUGCGACGUGUGCAACUACUCCACCACCACCAAGGGCAACCUCAGCAUCCACAUGCAGUCCGACAAGCACCUGGCCAACCUGCAGGGCUUCCAAAGCGGGCCCAGCGGCCAGGGCAGUCCCCCCGAGGCGGCCCUGCCCCCCGCGCCCGGGGACAAGGAGCCUAAGCCCAAGUCGUCCUGGCAGUGCAAGGUGUGCAGCUACGAGACCAACAUCUCCCGCAACCUGCGCAUACACAUGACGUCCGAGAAGCACAUGCAGAACGUGCUCAUGUUGCACCAGGGGCUGCCGCUGGGCCUGCCGCCGGGGCUGGUGGGGCCUGGCCCCCUGCCCCCCACGGGUGCCGGCCCCGCGGCGCCCCCUGAGCUCUUCCAGUACUUUGGGCGGCCCCAGGCUCCCCUGCCCAGUCCCGGGCUGAGGCCGGACAAACCGCUGGAAGCCCAGCUGCUUCUCAAUGGCUUCCACCACCUGGGAGCGCCUGCCCGCAAGUUCCCCGCACCGGCCCCAGGCAGCCUUUCCCCAGACACCCAUCUGCCUGCCAGUCAGCUCCUGGGCUCCCUGCCCGACGGCCUGCCCGCUUCACCGCCCCCGGAGGAUGGCUCCGCCCUGAAGGUGUUCCGCUGCCUGGUGUGCCAGGCCUUCAGCACCGACAGCCUGGAGCUGCUGCUCUACCACUGCAGCGUGGGCCGCAGCCUCCCCGAGGCCGAGUGGAAGGAGGUGGCCGGGGACACCCACCGCUGCAAGCUCUGUUGCUAUGGCACCCAGCUCAAGGCCAACUUCCAGCUCCACCUCAAGACUGAUAAGCAUGCCCAGAAGUACCAGCUGGCAGCGCACCUGAGGGAGGGGGGCGGGGCCGCGGGCAGCCCGGUCCCCCUGCCCCUGGGUGAGGGGGCACCCUACGGGUCCGUCCCUCCACUGCACUUGCGCUGCAACCUCUGUGACUUUGAGUCCAACAGCAAAGAGAAGAUGCAGCUGCACUCGCGGGGCGUGGCCCACGAGGAGAACAGCCAGAUCUACAAGUUUCUGCUGGAGAUGGAAGGGCCUGCCGGGCCGGAGCAGGGCCUGUUCCGCUGCCUACUGUGUGCCUGGGAGGCACCCUCGCGCCUGGCGGUGCUGCAGCAUCUGCGCGCGCCUGCACACCGUGAUGCUCAGGCCCAGAGGCGGCUCCAGCUGCUCCAGAGCGGCCAGGCGGCCACCGAGGAAGGACUCCCAGCCCUGCAGAGCAUCCUGAGCUUCAGCCAUGGGCAGCCCCGGAUGCCGGGAAAGGUGCCUGUUACUACGGGAGCAGAGCUGCCCACCCCCGAGAAAGACACCCAGAACAAGACAGAACCACUGGCUUCGGAGGAGGCAGAGGACAAGACUGGUCUUCCAGGAGACAGUGCCGGCCAGACCACGGUAUACUGCUGCCCGUACUGCACCUUCCUGAGCCCUGAGGCUGAGCAGGUGAAGUCGCAUGCUCUCUCCCAGCAUGCCGUGCAGCCCAAGUACAGGUGCCCGCUGUGCCAGGAGCAGCUGGUGGGCCGGCCUGCCCUGUGCUUCCACCUCAGCCACCUGCACAACGUGGUGCCCGAGUGUGUGGAGAAGCUGCUGCUGGUGGCCACAACCAUCGAGAUGACUUUUACAACCAAAGUGCUGCCCAGGCCUAAUCUGAGCCCUCAAGGGGAUGGCCCGGAGCCCCCUGCUUCUGGGCCGGAGCCCACACCCAGCAGAGAGCAGACAGCAGAAGGCCCUCCCCUGGCCCCAGAAGCCAGUCCUGGCCCUCCUGUGGAGCCGCCCCCACCUUCGGCAGAGGCCCCAGACAAGCUCACGGGAAGCCCUGAGCAGCCCCCCUCCCCAGCCCCAUCUCCAGUCCCUCAGCCUGAUGCCCCAGGUGAUGAAAUGGCCCCUCCACCGGCCAUGGCUGAGGAGGAAGAGGGGCCCGUGGGGGAGCCCCGCCCUGCAGAACCUGCUCCCUCCGACUCCCGCCACCCUCUGACUUAUCGGAAGACCACCAACUUUGCCCUGGACAAAUUUCUUGACCCAGCCCGGCCCUACAAGUGCACGGUGUGUAAGGAGUCCUUCACCCAGAAGAACAUUCUCCUGGUCCACUACAACUCUGUCUCCCACCUGCACAAGAUGAAGAAGGCCGCCAUCGACCCCUCGGCCCCUGCCCGGGGAGAGGCUGGCACCACACCGGCUAGCACCUCCGCCACCGACAAACCCUUUAAGUGCACAGUCUGCCGAGUCUCCUACAACCAGAGCUCCACCCUGGAGAUCCACAUGCGCUCUGUGCUGCACCAGACCCGCUCUCGGGGGGCCAAGACUGACGCCAAGGUGGAGGGGCUGGAGCGAGGCCAAGAAGACCCCAAAGAAGGCGAGACAGAGGGGGAGGUGGGCUCUGAGAAGAAGGGCCCCGACAAUGGUGGCUUCAUAUCAGGACUGCCCUUCCUGUCCCCUCCCCCACCUCCCCUGGACCUGCACCGCUUCCCGGCCCCCCUCUUCACCCCACCUGUCCUGCCCCCCAUUCCUCUGGUGCCCGAGUCACUGCUUAAGCUCCAGCAGCAGCAGCUGCUCCUUCCCUUCUACCUUCAUGACCUCAAGGUAGGGCCCAAGUUGGCACUGGCUGGGCCCGCACCCCUACUGUCCCUGCCGGCUGCCACCCCUCCUCCCCCACCCCCACCUCCGAAAUCUGAGCUGCCUGAGCGGGAGUGGGAGCGGCCCCCAGUGGCAGAAGAGGGAACUGAGGCCGGGCCUGCCUCACCGCCCAGCGCGACACCCACCGAGGCAGCCCGCACAGCGGCGAAAGCCCUUCUGGAAAACUUUGGCUUCGAGCUGGUGAUCCAGUACAACGAGGGGAAGCAGGCAGUGCCCCCUCCCCCGACGCCACCACCGCCAGAGGCUCCAGGGGGUGGGGACAAGCUGGCCUGUGGGGCCUGUGGGAAGCUCUUCUCCAACAUGCUCAUCCUCAAGACCCACGAGGAGCACGUGCACCGCCGCUUCCUGCCCUUCGAGGCCCUGAGCCGCUAUGCCGCUCAGUUUAGAAAGAGCUAUGACAGCUUAUACCCACCCCCUGCAGAGCCCCCCAAACCGUGCGACAGCGCUCUGGAUUCCCCGGCUCCCCAGCUGGGCCCACACUUCCUGGUCCCAGAGCCUGAGGCAGGGGGGGCCCGGCCCCCGGAGGAGAGAGGCCGGGCAGUUGGGAGCUGGCCCCCAGAGGAAGAAGAUGGUUCCAGAGGGAAUCAUGCCCAGCUCAUGCCAGCAGGCCGCCGCUUCUCCAGAACCAAGUUCACCGAGUUCCAAACACAGGCCCUACAGUCGUUCUUCGAGACCAGCGCCUACCCCAAGGACGGUGAGGUGGAGCGGCUGGCCAGCCUCUUGGGCCUGGCGAGCCGCGUGGUGGUCGUGUGGUUCCAGAAUGCCCGCCAGAAGGCCCGCAAAAAUGCCAAUGAGGGCGAGCCGGUGCCAGCCGGAGGGGGAGCGGGGGGCACCACCGGCUGCAGGCGCUGCCAUGCCACCUUCUCCUGUGUCUUCGAGUUGGUGCGGCACCUGAAGAAGUGCUAUGAAGACCAGCCUCAGGAAGAGGAGGAAGAGGCAGAGCGAGGGGAGGAGGAGGAGGAGGAGGAGGUGGAGGAGGAAGAGGCGGAGGAGGGUCAGGGGCCGGAACCCCCAGCGGGAUCAGAGGGCCCGUCUCUGGAACCUCCGGAUAGGGACAAGCUGAGGAGCCAGGCGGAGGCUGCUAAGCCAGGCGACCAGGAGCCUGACGGGAGGGCGCCCCGGUCGCCGCCCGCCGCCCACACCUGCGAGCAGUGCUCCGCGUCCUUCCCCAGCCUGGACCUCCUCACCGGCCACCGGCGCCUCCACUUCGUGCCGCCCGCGCAGCCCGCGCCCCAGCUCCUCGACCUGCCCCUGCUGGUGUUUGGGGAGCGCGCCCCCCUAGCGGCCAGUGCUGCGGCCGCGCCCCCCGGGCCAGCCCUGAAAAGGAAGCUGGAGGAGGGCAGCCUGUCCCCCACCGGCAGCGAGGCGGGGGCGGGCGCGGAGGGCGAGCCGCCCCGAGACAAGCGGCUGCGCACCACCAUCCUGCCCGAGCAGCUGGAGAUCCUGUACCGCUGGUACAUGCAGGACUCGAACCCCACGCGCAAGAUGCUCGACUGCAUCUCGGAGGAGGUGGGGCUCAAGAAGCGCGUGGUGCAGGUCUGGUUCCAGAACACCCGGGCCCGCGAGCGCAAGGGCCAGUUCCGGAGCGCCCCCGGGGGGGUGCCUAACCCCGCUACCGCCAAGCCCCCCGCAGCUUCCAGCCCGGCACCCUUCCCCAAGUUCAACCUCUUGCUGGGCAAGGUGGAAGAGGGGGCUGGGAGGGAGGCCUUGAAGAGGGACGCGCCGGCUUUUCCUUACCCCGCGGGCACUCCUGCCGCCACACCCCUGCCUUUUCUGCCCCCUGGGAAAGAGGCCAGCGCCCCCACUCUGGAGACACCCCUGCCUCUUGCCCCGCCCCCUCCCGCCAGCGAGGAAGAAGGCCCAGAAGUGGCCAAAGCAUCCCCGGAGAGUGAGGCUUGCAGCCCCUCUGCAGGUGACCUGAGUGAUUCCUCCGCCUCCAGCCUGGCUGAACCUGAGUCCCCCGGGGCUGGAGGGACAGGUGGGGGCCCAGGAGGUGGGGUUGGGGUUCCAGAUGGAAUGGGGCAGCGGCGCUACAGGACCCAGAUGAGCAGCCUGCAGCUGAAGAUCAUGAAGGCCUGUUAUGAAGCCUACCGCACCCCCACCAUGCAGGAGUGUGAGGUGCUGGGCGAAGAGAUUGGGCUGCCCAAGAGGGUCAUCCAGGUCUGGUUCCAGAACGCCCGUGCCAAGGAGAAGAAGGCCAAGCUGCAGGGGGUGCCAGCAGGCGGGGCCGGGGGUGCCAGCGGUGAGGGCCCCCUGGGAGCCCAAAGAACCGACUGCCCCUACUGCGAUGUCAAGUAUGAUUUCUACGUUUCCUGCCGAGGCCACCUCUUCUCGCGCCAGCACCUGGCCAAGCUCAAGGAGGCUGUCCGAGCCCAGCUCAAGAGUGAAAGCAAGUGCUAUGACUUGGCCCCAGCCCCCGAGGUGCCCCCCGCUCCCAAGGCCCCACCUGCCACCUCAUCUGCCUCUCUGCCCCUUGGGACUGCCCCGGCCCUGCCUCGCCUGGCCCCAGUUAUCCUGUCCAGCCCAGCUCUGGCCCAGCCCCCACUGGGCAGCUUAGCUCCUUUCAGUUCAGGCCCUGCAGCCUCCUCAGGCCUCCUCGGCCUCGCCACUCCCGUCCUGCCUGCUACCACAGUGGUCCAGCCCACUGGCCCAGGCCGCCCCUUACCUCAGAGACCUGGGCCCGACCAAACCCACACCUCCACAGCAAGCAACAUUGACCCUGUCCCUGGCCCCCCCGCCGAGCCCUCCGGAGACAAGGUCUCUGGUGAGCGAAAACCAGUCACAUCCCCUGCCAACUCCUCUACUGAUGCCCUCAAGAACCUCAAAGCAUUGAAGGCCACUGUCCCUGCCCUGUUGGGGGGCCAGUUUCUACCCUUUCCACUGCCCCCUGCAGGGGGUGCCACACCACCAGCUGUCUUUGGCCCCCAGUUACAGGGAGCCUACUUCCAACAGCUCUAUGGCAUGAAGAAGGGUCUAUUUCCCAUGAACCCUGUGAUACCUCAGACCCUCAUCGGACUGCUCCCCAACGCCCUCCUCCAGCCACCACCCCAGCCCCCAGAGCCCACAGUGCCUCCCAAGCCUCCAGAACUGCCCGUUCCGGGGGAGGGGGAUGCCGGGGAGGCCGAGGAGCUGCUGUCAGGCAGCAGCGGCAUCUCCACAGUGGACGUGACCCACCGCUACCUGUGCCGCCAGUGCAAGAUGGCAUUUGAUGGGGAGGCCCCAGCCACGGCCCACCAGAGGGCCUUUUGCUUCUUUGGGAGGGGCUCUGGGGGCUCCGUGCCCGCCCCCUUGCGGGUGCCCAUCUGCACCUACCACUGCCUGGCAUGUGAGGUGCUGCUGAGUGGGCGAGAAGCCCUGGCCUCCCACCUGCGCUCCUCCGCCCACAGGCGCAAGGCGGCGCCGCCCCCCGGGGGCCCACCCAUCACCGUCACCCACGCCGCCACCGCCGCCUCGGCUGCUGUGGCUUUUGCCAAAGAGGAAGCAAGAUUACCUCACACGGACUCCAACCCAAAAACUACUACUACCUCUACACUUCUAGCUUUAUAAACAGAUAAACCAAGAUGGGGGCUGAGGGGGGUGCCCGAGGGGCUCCCUCGUCUACCCCAGGGGUGUUUGUGUAGAGCUCAGACCCUCCACCCCAACCCUUGGCUUUGCCCACCUCAUGGGAAUCUUUCAGUUCCCCCUCAGUGGGCUUUACACACCCCACCUCCAGCAGAGUCCUGCCUCCUCCCCACCCAUGCAGACACACAGUACCCUCAAGUCCCCAGAUGCGUCACCUGCCCAUCUCCUGACACACCCCACCUUGCCAUCCAGAUUGCCCACCUGUGCCCACCAGCCCACUAUACACAGAAUGUCCCCUUGUCCCCACGCAAUUCCCAGCCACCGGUUUCUAUAAACAAACCCAGACAGUCCUGCGCUGAUCCACUGAGAAAACACCAAAAGAAGAAAGGGGAAAAAAAAAAUGAAGCAAGGAAGAAUGAAAAAAGAAAACCCAUGACGAAGAAGGGGAAAGGAAAAGAAACUGCCACCACCCUCCUUCUCCUCCCCACCCUUGUCCAGAGCGACACCUGCUCAGAUACUUUCCAAAUACCCAGCUUUCUCCCAACGCUGGAGCCUGGGAUGGGCAGGGAGCCCAGAAAACUCAGAGCCAAACUGGAGGCUGGGGGGUGGGGGUGGGAGGCAGGCUCCUAGCUCUCUCUCUACACCUCUCCUCCCUAACCCCAGCCCUCUCCCUGGCUGACCAGGAUAGUCCCUGCGGCCUGGACUCCAGGGAAAGCCGCCGCUGGAAGGCCCUCUGCCAACCCCCCACCCCACCCUGCAUCCCGGGAACUGCAGUAACUUAUUCUCAAAGGCUUUAAACACAGAGACCCUCUCAGCAGCCGUGGGCCCGCCCCUUGUCCCAGCCCUGCCAUGUGGGGGCCCAACCCCCAGGGACAGUGCCGCCCACCAACGGCAAAUCCAAAGUUCUUUAAAAAAAAAAAAAAACAACUGAAACACAACCAAAAAAAUGAGCGAGAGAGUGAGUGAGUGCAGGUGCGUGCACACAUGCAUGGGAGAGGUGGAGAGACCAGAAGAGCGGACUAGAGAAAGACAAAUGUGGAAAGUACCCCCAAAACAGAACGCUGAAAACUCUCCCAUCAAAGAAAGUGGUUAUUUCCUGUUUGUGUCACUUUUGCCCCCAUUUUUAAGGGUUUCUUUGAAUCUCCUUGUCUCUGGAAGAUCCUUGCAUGGGUGCCGUGAGUCAAAAGACAGGGCGGCACAGCCUGGCCCUGCCUGUCUGAGCAGUGGGAGCUGCUGGUGGCGGGGAGGAGACCCUGGAGAAGAGGGAGACACCGCAGUACGCCCUGAAUCAAGGAUCAGGACAAGGAACGUCUCCACGUUCCCAGCUGAGUGAGGUUGAUGUUGCCAGAAAUACUUGGGCAGCCAGCAAAGAGGUGGCUCAGCUGGGUUUCUGAACCCAGAGUACAAUUCCCUCUCCAGCAGUUGCCCCCGAUUCCUCUCACCUGGCCCUUCCACAGACCUCAUCUCCUGCCCCCACUCCGCCCCCUCCCCUUCCCCCCCCCCCCCCACUGCUCUGGGUUGCCUUCGAGUUUCUCAUCAUUUCUGGGAGCUCCUUUACUCUUACAGAUCCUUGCUCCGUUAGCGUUUUUCUGGUCCUCUUCUGUGACUGCUCCAGCCCAGCCCAACUGUUUGACCAGCUGCAAAGGGUAUCCGCCCAAAAAGAGUCAAGGUCUCCUUGAGCCAGAGCUGAUGACAGCUGUGGAGAUGGUGGGCAAGGAGAUAAGGGAAGCAUAAAGUGGCACGAGGGUGACAGUAAGGGAGGACAGAGGAGGACCCCAUGUUGAGGAGCAGAGGGUGGAGAAGCAGGUGCUUUACUCUUGCAGACAAAACCCCACCGGGCUGUCCCACCUUGUCCCAUGUAGACCUCCCCUGUCCGAGUGGUCUCCUGCCAACUUACCCUCCUUUGGGCUUCUGUUACCAUCAUGCGCUUAGCACCUGUGUGCUCACACAUACAGUCCAGUCAGCCCUGGGAAUUAGGUUACCAGGUCUGCCCGUCACCCCACUCUUUGAAGAAGCCAGCACUGAUGUGGUAGCUUCUGUGCAGAAAAGAUGGGAGGGGAAGAGAGGAUUCAGCUCAAACCCUAGUCCCCUCAUGUUCUGUGAAUCCUACUUCCAGCCCCCAUAGUUUCCAAAAUAAUUUUUUAAAAAUUUCUGGCAGAUUGGGGGUGGGGUGGAAUUAGCUAUUCUGAUGAUGCCAAAAAUGCCAGUCCCAAAUGCAGGCAAAUGAAUGGAGAGAAACUGACUUGCUGUGGUUUCAUUGCCAACCCCCCAUGUCUCGUACACCCUCCCUCCCUCCCCAUCCUUUUCUCUCUUCUGUUGAAAUUCUGUGUAUAAAACUAUUUUCUUAGCCGCAUGUAUAA